AUCAAACUCUAUUAAAUCCAAAUUCCCUCCCUCUAAUACCUGUAUAUAAAAUUCUUUAAGCAUUAGGCUUCAGCUUCAAUUAUUAUUCCCUUUUGCCAAACUGUUCUGUUCUGUUCAUCUUCUGUCCAUAUUCAACUUCUUCUUCUCUCUUCUCCGGCGACAUUCCUCCGAUCUCUGCUGGAUUUCGUCAUCAAGCUUUUGAACAGGGCAAAAUGACAGUUGCAAAACCAGACACAUCCUUGAUGCCGCAAUCAUCAUCGCGGAACCUUCCUGAUUUCAAGAAGUCUGUUAAAUUGAAGUAUGUCAAGCUUGGUUAUCACUACCUGAUCACCCAUGGAAUGUACCUUUUUCUUUCCCCCUUGGUGAUCCUGAUUGCUGCCCAGCUCUCCACCUUCUCGCUCCGAGACUUUUAUGAUCUUUGGCAGCAUCUGCAAUACAACUUGAUAUCUGUCAUUGUCUGCUCAACUCUCCUUGUUUUUCUAUCCACCCUUUACUUCCUAACCCGUCCUCGACCAGUGUACCUUGUCAAUUUCUCCUGUUACAAGCCUGAAGAAUCUCGGAAAUGUACCAAAAAGACAUUUAUGGAGCAUUCCCGGAUCACUGGUUCUUUCACGGAGGAAAAUCUUGAAUUCCAGCGGAAGAUCCUGGAGAGAUCUGGCCUUGGGGAGUCUACUUACCUUCCAGAGGCUGUCCUCAACAUUCCCCCCAACCCUUCAAUGAAAGAAGCUAGAAAAGAAGCUGAGGUUGUGAUGUUUGGUGCCAUUGAUGAACUCUUCAGUAAGACCUCUGUGAAGCCUAAGGAUAUUGGAAUUCUGAUUGUAAAUUGCAGCCUGUUCAACCCAACUCCGUCGCUUUCUGCGAUGAUUGUCAAUCAUUACAAGCUUCGAGGGAACAUUAAAAGCUACAACCUAGGUGGCAUGGGUUGCAGUGCGGGGCUGAUCUCAAUUGAUCUCGCUAAGGAUCUUCUCCAGGCCAAUCCCAACUCCUAUGCAUUGAUCAUUAGCAUGGAGAACAUCACACUAAAUUGGUAUUUUGGAAACGAUCGAUCAAAACUUGUUUCUAAUUGUCUAUUCCGUAUGGGAGGAGCUGCAGUUCUGCUUUCCAACAAAAGCUCUGACAGAAGAAGAUCCAAAUACCAAUUGAUCACCACUGUUCGCACAAAUAAGGGUGCGGAUGACAAGUGCUUUAGCUGUGUCACCCAAGAGGAAGAUGCCAAUGGCAAGAUUGGUGUUAGUUUGUCAAAAGAUCUGAUGGCAGUUGCAGGUGAUGCUUUAAAAACCAAUAUCACUACACUGGGGCCUCUUGUGCUUCCAACAUCUGAACAGCUUUUGUUCUUCGCCACAUUGGUUGCGAAGAAACUUUUCAAGAUGAAGAUCAAGCCGUAUAUUCCAGAUUUCAAGCUAGCUUUUGAACACUUCUGCAUCCAUGCUGGAGGGAGAGCCGUUUUGGAUGAGCUGGAGAAAAAUUUGCACCUGUCUUCUUGGCAUAUGGAGCCAUCAAGGAUGACACUUUAUCGUUUUGGAAACACCUCUAGCAGUUCACUUUGGUAUGAAUUGGCUUACACAGAAGCUAAAGGGAGGAUCAAGAGAGGAGAUAGAACAUGGCAAAUAGCAUUUGGUUCUGGAUUCAAGUGCAACAGCGCGGUGUGGAAGGCUCUCCGGACAAUUAGCCCUGCUGUGGAGAAGAACCCUUGGAUGGAAGAGAUUCACCAGUUUCCGGUGGAUGUUCCAAGGAUAGCCUCCUUCUAAACCAUUAAUUUGAAAUUAUUUGUGUAUCAGCAUUAGGUGGUAGAUAUUGGACUGGUGAAAUUCACUUCUGAGCUAUUGUAAUGCAUUACUGUUUCCAGAGUUUAGACUUUAGGGAUUUUAUUCUGUGUUCCUGCGUAUGAAGUGUUAGGUCUGGUUUGGGAAUAGAUUCUGUUGAAUCCAGUUUAGUGAUGGGAUGGUUCUUAAGCUUUUGAUUGCUGUGAAGUGUAUGUUUCUCUGGAAUAUAUUUAUUGAAUGGUCUUUGGA